UCCAGUCAUGAUGAGCAGAGGCUCGCGAGUGGAUCGUUUGUUUUUAUUCAAUAGCAUUAAAACAGAUCCAGAAGCAUCCAGAAUAAAACAUGAAGUUACUGAGGAACGAACAGCUGUAAACACUGAUGAAUAUUCACAACAUCCUACAACAGCAGGACAAACUCCAGGAGCAUCAGCUGAAAUCUGUUACAGAUGGAGCUUGUUAAAGAGGAGGCUGAAGAUGUGAGUGAUCCAGAAUGAAUCAUGAAGAUACUGAGUAACAAACAGGAGUUUGAGUUUUCCGCGCCCCCUUGAGGAAGACGAGCCAAUAACAGCUGCUGCUCAGUGAGUCACGCGCAUGCGCGCUACGACAGAUGUUCACGACAGUGGAGGACGCGUUCACAGCAGAAGCAUGAAAACUGCAGUUCUUACAUCUGGGCUGGCUGACAUAUUAUGAUAAAGAUGGAGAUUUUUAAAAAGGAGAUUGAUAUGUGUGAUCCAGAACCAUCCAGAAUGAAUCAUGAAGAUACUGGGGAACAAACAGACCUGACGGAAACGAAGGAGGAACAUUUAGAACCGAACGAAGAGGAAAAUAAUUUCUCCCAAAGACCAGAAGCCAAAACCCCCUUCGCCUGCCCUCAAUGUGAAAAGAGGUUCACACAGAAAGGAAGUCUCAUUAGUCACCUCAGAAUUCACACCGGAGAGCGUCCCUACACGUGUCCACACUGCGAAAGGAGCUUCACCCGUAAAUACAGCCUGAAUGUGCACUUAAGAGUCCAUACUGGAGAGAAACCAUACGCUUGUUCUCAAUGUGCAAAGACUUUCACGCAAAAGGAACACCUGAAUAAUCACAUACGAAUUCACGCUCGAGAGAAACCCUUCGUGUGUCAGCAAUGUGGAAGUGGUUUCACACGUAACGACAGCUUGAAGAACCACUCCAGAAUCCACACUGGCAUAAAACCCUUUAUUUGCCCUCAGUGUGGAAGGAGUUUUAACUGGGCUCACAAUUUCAACAGCCACCUGCGCUCUCAUGCUGAAGUGAAGCCUUGUGAUCAAUGUGGCGAAAAAUGUCCAUCUGCGUCCGCUUUAAGAUAUCACCUCCAAGCUCAUGCAAACGAAAGGCUUUACUUCUGUCCUUCAUGUGGAAAGAGUUUUGCAAGGCUGGACUCUUUUAAAGUGCACCAGAAGUUGCAUAGCGGCGUGAGACCUCACGUGUGCCCAGACUGCGGCCGGACGUUUAAUAAAGCCACCAACUUGAAAGAGCACCAGAAGAUUCAUUCUGGAGAAAGACCGUACACGUGUUCGCUCUGUGACAAGAGUUACAGCCAGUCGGGAUCCCUGAAGGCACACGAGCGGGUUCAUACCGGAGAACGACCGCAUCGCUGCGCUCAGUGUGGGAAGAGUUUCUUCAAAUCGAGUCAUCUGUUGGCACAUACAGAAAUACACCGUCCAAAGGCUUCACAGCGAUAAACCACAAACAGACUUGGAACUUUCUAAGAAGAUAUUGUCUGGUGCAAGUGCAGUGUUUUGUGUGGACAAUGUAAAGCAUUUAAAUAUAUAUAUGCAUAUGUAUGCAUGAUAGCUGAAAUAACAUAAAGAGAUGUAAAAAACAAGACGGUUUUUCAUGCACUGGUCAAUUUUGAGAUUAGAUUUUUUUUAGACUUGUGGACAGAAAAUAUUCUAAAUACACCUUCAAAAAUGUAUUUUAUUGCACUUUAUGUAUCUGCAUCUGAUUACAUACAGUUUUCUCAAAAUAAUUUUUCCCCUUCACUUCAGCUGCAGUUUUACACACACACACACACACACACACACACCACAUGUUAUUUCUAUGUUCUGAUGCUUUUUAGCAGAGGGGUUUGUUCAUAUACCAUUCUCCUGAUAUAUAUUUAACAUUUUAUUCCUGAAAACAUGUUGAAAAUGCAUUAUUUUCUGGCUUUUAGAUGGUUUUUUGAAUUUAUAGAGUGAUAAAAAGUGUGAUUAAAAACCUCUAAUGUGUCAACAAAAUGAAAGGAAUUUUUAACCCGACUUUAUCCAGUGUUCAGAUUGGUAUGAAAAUAAGUGCAAAUUUAAUCAGAUAAAGCAUCAUAAGACUUUUGGGUAUGCUGAUAUAUAUGUUUAAUAUGACCAUUUUCACCUGCAGUGUUUUACAUGUUUUACAAAAUACAUAAUUUUCAUAAAAUAUCCCUGUAUUACUUCUGUAGCGGAACUGACAUUGAACUGCCUCCAGAGGGCGCAAACAGUCCACAAUGCAUUUAUAGUUGAUGGUUUAUCCUGCAACAAACUUUAGCUGAUGUACAUGGUCAUGUGCAAAUUUAAUAAUGGAUAAUGGUUGUGAUUAAUUAAUGAUUGGCAUUUUGCAAUCUGUGUUUAAAGAAUAUGAGCUAUUAUGUAAAAAUUGCAAUUUUCAGAGCGUUGUGGAAUAAAUAAGUGUUUCCUACUUUUACUCCUUUUUACAGUUCUGGUGCUCUCUGGGUGCCCUGCCCUUCACAAAAGCAAGUAAGUUUUAUAUUUUGUACGAUAAUCUGGUGUUGAAGUAUUGCAAAUGAUGAUAUGCAUCACUUAUAAAUUAGUUUGGCAGUCAAAAACAGUUCCUGGCCAGAAAAUGAACUCUAUAUU